UGUAGUAGUUGCACACGGUAUAUACGGCUUGUGGAACAACACCCGUGUUGUUGACGGCGGUGGCGGUGGUAGUGGUUGUUUUGUUGUUGCUUUUGACAUCAUCACAACGAAGAUGCUCCAAUUGAGGCGUCGGCGUUCAUAGGGAGGAUCCUCCUAUAAAUAUCUUCUACGGCUUGCUCAUUCAAUUUAAUCUGUCCUGUUUUUGUGACAGGAAAGUUCAUUUGUGCUUCGCUCUCGUAGUACUUUAUUGAGGUGUCAUUGUUCAGGUCACAUUCCAUUCACCACCAUGAAGUCAUUCAUAGUAUUGGGUCUGUUUCUGGUCUCGUUCGCUCCGGUGGAUUUGGCCCCUAUGCCUAAAGAGACCCAAUCAAAAAACACAAACGAAUCUGGAGACUUGGAAGGAUCGGAAUCACUCCAAUCGUUUGGUUACGGCUACGGCACCAAAGUUGCCGAUAAGUACGGAGGCGUGUCCACGGUGUACGUUCACGGAUUUGGCACCGACAACACUGACUACCACGACACUCCCGUUUACCAUGACAAAUCGUACAAGGCACCUGAUCAUGUUUACGGUCAUCACUUGAACAGCUAUGAGCACCAGAGAAGCCCGUAUUAUGCCGCACCCACUCCAUACUACAAGCCAAGUGGUUACGGCUACGGUCACAUUAAUGAGUAUGGCGAAGCCAAACAUGGCUAUGGAUAUCAAGACGGGUACGGGUACCACGGCUCCACGGCCGCUCACUACGGCGGCUAUGGAAAAUCAGCCCAUUCGCCUUAUUACGCUGCUGCUCCCUACGGUGGCAAAUAUGCGGCACCGUCUUAUCACGCACCGCAUUACGGUCACCACGCUCAAGCCCGUGCUGGCUUUGCUUCAGGUUUUGGCUAUGGAUUCAUCGCCUAAGGGACCACAUUGAAAAUUCCAUUAUUUAUUUGUAUUAUAAUAAACUCCUUGUUCGAGGAUUACGUCCUCUAAGAAUAAAA